AUGUCUCGCCAUGUGCUCUUGUCGCGUCUCGCGGAGCACUUUCAGGCGACAUCGCCCCACGGACAGCGGUUUCCCUCGCCAGAGAGAAGCAUUUCUCCUCACACACCUACUUCUCCCCGCUCUCCUCCCCAGUCUCCGGACUCUCUUGCACAGCAACGUUUGGACCUCUUGCAACUUGGAGACAUUGAGAUUGCAGGGCGUGCUCUCAAGCAGUACGCCAGGGCUACAGAACUUGGAGCUUUGAUGUACUGCAGUGGUCUUGGAGCUCUGUACGGUGGCGCUGGAGUAUGGCCGUUGUUGCUGCCACAUACACCACAUUUUGCGCCUAGUGAUCACGCAAGACAUACCCCGCCCAGAGACGAUGACGAAGAAGAGUUACCAUUAAACUUGUCAACGAAGAAUAGGCAGAUUUGGUCGCCGGGUAGUGCAUGCGAACGCGAGCAAAUAGAAACAGAAAGAGAAUCGCCAGCAUCACGUUGGGAGGAUCGCGAAGAUCUCGACGCUCCCCUUGAACUCGUCAAAAGAUGCCGUAGCAGCCCCGAUGACGACAGGCUCUCAAGUGCAGAGCCCAGACGCUGCCCUUCCGAACCAUCCUUCAACACCUACCUACCACCACCGCCGCAAGCUGACAUCAGCUUUUCACUUCUACUCAAGAAUGAAAAUAAAAAUGAAAAAUCAUUUCAGUGCAAACAAUGCGGAAAGUGCUUCAAGCGAUCCAGCACGCUUUCAACUCACCUGCUCAUCCACUCGGAUACGAGACCGUACCCGUGCCAGUACUGCGGGAAACGCUUCCACCAGAAAUCUGACAUGAAGAAACACACCUAUAUACAUACCGGUGAAAAACCGCACAAAUGCGUCGUAUGCUCCAAAGCUUUCAGCCAAAGUUCAAAUCUCAUCACGCAUAUGCGGAAGCACACCGGCUACAAACCUUUUUCCUGCGGACUCUGCGAAAAAGCAUUCCAACGAAAAGUUGACCUUCGACGCCACAGGGAGUCACAGCAUUCUGAUGUAGAGUCACCCGUCUGUUCCGUCGUACCCCGGCACCGUUAUACGUAUUUCGGUGAAGAACAAGCGCCGUUGGCUCCACUUAUUUCUAACUAA